AUGACUUCAAUUCGCUUGAAGCUAAUGUUUGAGCGUCUGUCUGUGAACACAGCUCAACAAUGUUGGAUGUUAGUGGACUUGAACACGUGUAAAUAUGUACGAGAUCUUGAAUAUGUUAUUGUGAAGAAAUUCUUUGAUUGCAAAGAUACUGUGGUGAAUUUAUACUUGGAGGAUUUCCUUCUACCAUCAUUGGAAAAAAUUAAUGUAAUAAGAGAAAAUGAUGUGAUAAGAGUUGUAGAGGAAAAUAUUCGUUUGUCUCCUAAGAAAGAAAAGAAAAAAAGUUGUUUAAAAAGAAAGAAUGACAAGGACUCAAAUAAUCAAGCUAAAAAAGCAAAAAAGUCAUCAGUUGGCUCGGAGAAUGGUGUAAACAAUGCCCAACAACACUCAAACGUCGCCAAAAAUUUGUUGACUAAUGAGAUUUGUAAUAAAAAAAGUAAGAAUGUUGAUAAUUCCACCAAAGAUAGCGCUAAAGGCAGUGUUGUUGUCAAGCAAAACAAGGAAAAAGCAAAAAAGAGAAAGAAGAAAGUUGGUAAUAAAACUAUUGCAGAGAAAAUCAAUGGUUUCUGGAGUAAUUUGGUGUCUAUUGGAAAUCAUCAAAAUUCAAACAGUACUGAGAAUAUAGGUGAAGAUUUGCCAAUCAUAAAACCCACCGAGAAGAAAGAAAAAUCUCGAAAUGAUAAUAUUUUAUCGUCAAAAGAAAAUUCUAAGAGAAAAAAUCAUUGUAAUGAUGUAAAUAGUUCAUCAUCAAAGACAAAUCAAGGAAAUCACAUCAGAUUUAAUGAUGAUGAGAAUGAUGAAGAAGCCAUAUCGUCUGUUGAUGAAACAUCAGUCAACAACCCUAUUUUACCCUUAAUUCAUCCGCGUGUCCUAUCCAUAAGAGGAGACGAAAUUCCCACAUCAAAAAAGAGCCUUGACAUAUCUCCUAUCACAGAUAAACAUGCAUCCACUGCUGCUGAUUUCAACACGGUUUGUGAGAGAAAUGCACAUAGGAAAAAGGAGAGUAAACGAAAGGACUCGUACACAAACAAAAGUAUUGUUUUGGAGAGUACAAGAGUUGAAAAAGACCUUGAAGUUGAAAGAAUACCACUGCAGAGUACGACAACGGCUGAGAAUAGAGAAAAGGACUUUACAAUACAUCCGCUUUUACAAGGACCGCCAAGAGUUGGUGAUUUUGUUGCUUAUAAGAUGAUAGAACUUUCACAAAGUUAUACACCUGAGGUAUCCAAAUACAAGCAAGGAAAAGUAUUAUCCUAUGAUUCUAUGACCAACCAGUUAAAACUGAAACUAACGAAAGAUUCUCUUGAGAAACCAAGAGGUGAUGGCCACAUUAGUUAUAAGUUCGAAAUUUUUGAAAACGACGAAGAGGAAGUUUCAGACAAAGAAAAACAGGAUGUCAACGACGAGGUUGAAAUCCAAUGGACAUCAAUGAUAGACCCUAGAUUGAUCUCAAACACUUAGAUCAAAUGUCCGAGUCAUCGUUGACAUUUUUGAUGAAAUACAAUGAAGUUUUGCAGGGACGAUGGCCGUGCUAAAUGCAAAAAUAAUAACGACUUUAUUAUCAAAACAAGCACAAAAACAAUUCACUAUAGCGUCCAAUACCAUCAAAAUUUUGUAAAUGAUUUUAACACGCUAUAUAUAUUGUUAUAAUUACUAUUAUAUGAUUAAAUGAUAUUGAGCAUAGACAUUAAAAAUCAAGUGAUGUUAAUUUACUUGCCUGUCGACUUCCUGUUUCGAGAUAAAACUUUGAGCGAUACAUUUUCAUGUAAAUAUUGCUGUAAAUGUGUAUUUAAAUCUUUAGCUGUAGCUUUAACGUCAAAGGAAUUUACUGAGCUUUAUUUUUUCGAUGUUUACCGAUUAUUUGGGCGCUAGAAAUCUUUUUUUUUGAUUUGAUAUAACUGUUCACGCAGGUUUUAAUAAAACUUUGUAAUGCUCUU